AUGCAUCGUCGUACUAUCCAGAAAGCUUCUUCCAAUCGCGAAGCUGAACGGGGACGAGUUCUUGAGCGCAUGGUGGCACAACGUCGUGUGCCAUCGUGUCCUCUGGGAAAGCGGUGUAUGUCACAGCGAGUCAGCGACGUUAACCCUAGCAAUCUCGUGGUAUACCGGACCCCGGAUGAUAGAGUGAUUGGCAUCUUCAACGAUUUCGACUUAUCAUCGAUUCAAGAUAUUCCCUCAUGCCAGGAGCGCACAGGGACAGUACCUUUCAUGGCGCUUGACCUUCUCAUGGAGCAAGUCGUUGAAGGCAAGGUCAAGCACCUUUACCGGCACGACGCUGAGUCAUUCAUAUGGGUCCUGACCUGGGUCUGUCUUUGUUAUGAAUGCAGCGUGUUCAUCGGCAAGGGCACACCGCUCGAUGACUGGCUGAAAGUGGAUGCGAUUGGGUGCCACCAGAACAAAAGUAGCUUUUUAAACUUGGUUCGCGGAGUCAUAAAACCCUCGGAUUCACACCAUAAAAACUGGGAUUUGGCGCAAUCUUACCUUGAUACUAUCGGCUCUUGGUACGGGAUGCGGGCUAGUAGAAGACCCAUGGCGGAGGACCACAUUGUAUUUCAGACAUGGCUGGAGGACAAGAUAAUCGAAUCACAGAGACUGUCGCGGGAGCUCCUAGAUGUCCGCGUGGAACCUAUAUCAUAA